AUGGGAGCUGGAAUGACGAGUCCUAUUGUACAGGCAGCAGAUAAGAACGAGAAUGUGAUGAGCCUAAAGACGGAAGAUGAGAUUGAGCAAGAGGCGUGCAGUGGAAAGAUAUGGCCGGCAACGAGGAUCAGGAUAGCCAGCUGCGAAUGGAAGCUGUGGGGAUCGAUGGCAGCGAUUUUUGCAAUACAGGUGUAUGUGUAUUCGUUUGCAAGGAUUUUGAAAGACUCGUUUGUGGCGUCUAGGCAACUGCCUGUGGCGAUAUCGUAUUUGAAGACGUGUGUAGUGCUGCCGGUGUCUAUAAUAGCGACGGGGGUAGUGCAGAAGAUGCUUAUGAAGAAUAGCAUAUCGAAGGUGUUUGACUACACGCUGAUUUGUUUUGCAAUGGUGUUUCUUUUGGUGGGAGCAGUAGGGUUUCCGUUUUCUUACUGGCUUCAGCCGAGUAUGUACCGAUCGCGAGAUGUAUUUGCAGAUGAGAAGAUGUCGUGCAAGGGGUUUGAGUUUUUGUUUGCGAUAUCGCUGAUACUGAACGAGUGGCUGACGAGUUUGGUGUACUUGGUGGCGGAGCUGUUUGGGUCGCUGAUCGUGCAGUUUAUGUUUCUUGCGUUUGCAAAUGAAGUUUUGACAGUGCGGCAGUCGCUAAGGUUUACGCCGCUGUUCUACAUUAUGUCGAAUAUAUGCCUGAUUCUUUCUGGAGGAACGGGGAAGACGUACCAGAGCAAAUCACGCGAAUGGAACUAUGAGCAGAAGAGUUUUGCAACCAAUUCGUUUUUUGUAUUGUUUGGUGGACUGACUGGGAUAUCGUAUUUGAUCAAGAAGUAUAUGGAGAAUGGGAUUUUGAAGAAGCAGCUGUUUAUCAGGACUGAGGGGGUCAAGAAGAAGGUGGGGAAGAAGUCUGCAGCUAGUUUUUCUGAGAGUAUUAAGCUGAUGGCGCAGUCGAAGUUUUUGAUUGCUAUGGUGUUUAAUGCGCUAUUCUACUAUUCGGGAACGAACUGGAUUGAGUCGUCAUGGAAGAAUGGGCUGACUGUAGCUGCGGAGGCGAAGAAUAAGAACAAGGGAGACUAUAUGUCCGACCUGAUGUCUGGAGAGCAGCUUAUUGUUGGGGCGCUUGUUGCGUUUGUGCUUCUGACUCCAAUUGCGACGCUUGUGCAGACACACGGAUGGGCGAUGAUGGCCAUAGUCCCACCGAUUGUGGCGAUGAUUUCUGCCAUAGUUGUGUUUGGGUCGGCGUUCUACAACUAUCCCAACGGGUCUACAUACAAGCCGAUUUUGUUUUCGUCGGUGUUUAAGGGAUACACGCCGAACUUUGAUAUUGAAACAAAGUGGGGAAUGUAUUGCGUGAGUGGAAUGAAGAUUGCAAAGUAUGCGUUCUAUGACAUUGCGAAGGAGGCGAUUUCUCUUCAGAUUGAUCCUCUGUACAGAGCAAGGCUGAAAGCAGUGUAUGAUGGGCUGAGUGGAAAGCUUGGAAAGUCAAUAGGAGCAUUCUAUGCAAUGUUCUGGUCGUUUAUGGGAUAUAACGAUGUGAGGGCAGCAGCGCCGUUUACGCUUUCUAUAUUUGGGGUGAUCUUUCCGAUAUGGAUCUACAUGAUUAUGUAUCUGAACAAGAGCUAUAGCAACUCCGUGCAGACAUCUACCUUUAUUGGUCUCGACUUGAUUUCUGAGAAGAAAGAGCAGCUUUAA